UGCCGACCCUUCCCGGGGCCGCUCCCGGCCCCACGGUCCCCUCAGCAGCCCCCGGGACGCUGAGGGAAUCUGGGGCUUGGCGGAGCGGUGCCCCGAGAGAUUCUGCUGGUGUUUUCCAGUGGGUGUUUUCCUGGACUUAAAAGAUCUGAUACCACAGUCGUCCGUAGCCAGCAACUUUCUGCUGUGUAACAAAUGUACGCCAAUACAAAUACAAUGUCUGCUCCAAGUGGUGUCCCUGUCCCAUCUGCACCACCUUCUUAUGAGGAAACAGUAGGAAUCAGUGCGAGUUAUCCUCACCCCUAUCCUGUCCCAGAACCUGGCCAGAAGCUAUCUGGGAAAGGAAUGAACCCUCCCCCAUACAUGGGACAGCCUGCACCAGUGAAUAACCCAGUUACAGUUCAGACAGUGUAUGUGCAGCAGCCAGUAGUAUUUUAUGACCGCCCUGUUCAGAUGUGCUGCCCUUCCUGUAACCAGAUGAUGGUGACACGUCUCUCCUAUGACUCAGGAGCUUUGACUUGGCUGUCAUGUGGUGGCCUCUGCCUGCUGGGGUGUAUAGCUGGCUGCUGCUUAAUUCCUUUCUGCAUUGAUGCCCUGAAGGAUGUGGAUCACACCUGCCCAAACUGCGGUGCUCUUGUUGGUUCUUACAAACGUUUAUAGGCAAUGUUUAAACACUGAUCAUUGCUGAAACUUGGUAGCACCUCUACAAAGCCCUUUCUGAAGCUUCAUGGAGACUUCUGGUUGUUUCUGUGCAUACUGUCACUGGAAGCCGAUCAAAAGUAAUCUUGAAUGCUAGAGUGCUUCAAUAAAAAUUUGCUUGAGGUGAUUCUGACUUAGGUCUGUAUAAAGUGUAUGCAACCUUUUAUGGGCCACUCAGUGCAGCAGUUGAUAGCAACUAAUGUUUUUUUUCUGUUUAUGCAAAACAGGUUGGUGAUAUUCUUUAGUUAAACUUGUUUCAGUCAUGUUGCACACUGGUGUGCUUGCUUACAAUUUCAGCAUAGAAGAGAAGAACCUCUGUGGAGACCUGUGCAGUCUCAGGCUUGGUGUUGAUGCUUUUACAACAGCACCAUUUACAAACUGGCAGGGAGCUGCUUGCCUCUGAGACAGGUACCUCUCUUAGACAUAAGAAGAGAUUUGUUUAAUGAGCACUAAAAUUCACUUUAAAACUUUCUUAACUGAAAGAGAACCAAACUUAAAGACUUCUUCCUUCCUGGAGGCUGCUUUACCAAAUGAACAACUCAGGUUAUUGUGUAUCAAUGGUACCUGAAUUUUUUUGCCAGUUUUAAGUCUAGUCCAAUCUCUGCUCUGCAGUAAAGAUGUUCAUACAGGAUUUUUUCAGCAUUUUUUGUUUGGUUGGGUUUUUUACUGAUGAUCCCUAAGUCUGUGAAGUGUUCUUUUCACCACAGUGGAAAUGCCAAUAGAACCCUGGCUAUAGCAUUGGAAAACUUCCUUUUACGUUUACAUAAAUCAACUGAUAGAUCAUAAACCUCAAUCUUAUCUUAAGGCUUGAAUUCUACCUGCAAAACAUAGAUACAGGACCUGUACUAUUAGUUGUUGAUCUGUUUGUUAAUUACCGUUUCUUCAUUAAAAAGGUAACAUUUUUGUUAAGGAGUUUCUCUGAUGAUUAUUUAGACUUGUACUCUGGAUUUUCUAAAUGGAAGAGAAGUUCUGUUUUCUGUUUUCAGAAAGUUAAGCUGGGCAUGCUUAUUUAAGAUCACAAAAAAAAAAAAA